AUGGCCAGUACUGCACCCCACGGCUGGCAAGCUGGCUAUAUUGUUACCAUGAUUGUGGUGGGCUUGAUUCUUAUCAUUGGAUUUGGAUUCUAUGAGGCUUGCCUCGCCCCCAUGCCAUUCCUAAAUUACAAUCACCUCUCAUCCUUGGUGUACGGGCUGGAUGUGGCCACUGCUAGAUAUGUCGGCAACACCUUUAGCGUGGUCUUCUUCGUCUUCUUGUUCCUUGCUAGCUGGCUCAUCCACAUCACAGGUCGCUUCAAAUAG